GGAUAGCAUGGAUCAGAGUAAAUAUUGAUGUGAUUUCCUUUUUUUAAAUGGAAAAGUACUUGAUUUCCAUUCAUCCAAAUCCAUGGUGUUUACAACGCAACUUCAAUAAUUGAGGCUUGUUCGUAUAUUGACCAUCUUCAUCAUAAUUUGAACCACUUGUUCACAAGCAUACUUUACAAAGCAGCAAAAGCACAGGCGCAUAUAGUAGAGCGAGGUGUUGUAAAAUAUUGAAAGAUGGAGUUUGUAUCUGCAAUAAUUAGUCCUUUUGUGGAAUCAUUAAUGGGUCCUGUAAAAAAACAGCUGGGAUAUAUCUUUUCCUCCACAAAACAUGUUAGGAACAUGAAUACUAAAAUGAAGCAACUGGAUGACACAAGCCGUGAUGUCAAAAAGCAUAUGGAAACAAACAACAUUAAUAAUCUGGAGAUACCUGCUCGUGUAACAGGGUGGUUGGAAGAGGUCGAUAAGAUAAAAGAAGAUGCUCAGCGCAUUUCAAGUAGUGGGGCUGGAUGUUUUAACUUGAAAAUGAGGUACCGAGAAGGAAGGAAGGCAUUCAAGACUAUGGAGGAGAUGGGAAGUCUUAUUGAAGAAAAUAGUAAGAUAGUUUGGACAAAUGCUCAAAAACCACUUGGAAAAGUGAAUUCUCAAAAUGCAUCUACUUGUGCAUUGUCGGAUAAUCACUUCAAAUCAAGAGAGAAAAGUUUUAAGGAUGCAGUCGAGUUCCUUCAACAAGAUGACACAAGCCAAGUGAUAGCCCUAUGUGGAAUGGGUGGUGUGGGGAAAACCACAAUGAUGGAACAACUGAAGAAGACUGCAGAAGAUAAGAAAAUGUUUGAUUGGAUUGUGAAGGUGGUUAUUGGCCAGAAGAUUAACAUGUAUUCUGUUCAGCAAACUAUAGCAGAAUACAUGGGCUCAUCUCUAACAGAAACAAGUGUAGAAGCAAGGGCUGAUCGCCUUCGUAUAAGGUUUGGGAAGAUGUUUGAAGGACGAAAAAAAGUUUUAGUGAUAUUAGAUGAUCUGUGGGAGAUGAUUGAACUCAAAGAUAUCGGAUUAAGUCCUUUGCCCCAAGGCUUUAAGUUGUUGUUGACAUCACGAUAUCAAAAUAUUUGCACACAAAUGGCAGUAGAAGCUAAGUCAGCCUUUAGAGUAGUUAGAGUGGAUGUAAUGGAGGAGGAUGAAGCACGCGAUUUCUUUUGGCAAAAUACCGGAGUUUCAAAACAAUAUGACCAGGAACUCAAUCAAAUAGGAAGUAAUAUUGUGAAAAGAUGCGGUUUUCUGCCACUUGCCAUCAAACUCAUUGCCUCAACCCUUCAAUUUCAAGAAGUUUUUGUAUGGAGAAAUACGCUUCACCGUUUGAAGAAAAACAAUCUUGAUAAGAACGUACAAGAAAUCGUUGAAAUAAGCUACACCUAUUUAAAAGAAGAGGAGGAGAAAAGGAUUUUUCUGCUUUGUGGCUUGUUUCCCGAUGACUUUGAUAUUCCAGUUGAGGAGCUGACAAGGUAUGCGUGGGGCCUACAAUUGUUAGAUGAUGUUUGUACUGUGGGAGAUGCUAGAGACAGGACAAAAACAUGUGUUCAGAAUCUUAGAAAUGCAAAUUUGUUGAUGGAUAGCGAUUACAUUGGGUGUGUCAAAAUGCAUGAUCUUGUGCUUGCUUUUGUGUUAGGCAAAGUUUCUAAAGGUGACAAUCCAUGGGUAAUCAACCAUGGUGAUAUUUCAAAAUGGAGUAGAGCUGAAGUGAGAGAGUCUUGCAAAAGAAUUUCUAUUACUUGCACGGGUAUGCAUGAGUUUCCUAAUGACUCUAAGUACCCAAACCUAUCACUUUUGAGACUUAUGGAUGGAGAUAAGUCGCUUAAGUUUCCUCAAGGUUUUUAUCAAAGAAUGGAAAAUCUUGAAGUUGUAGCAUAUGAAAAAAUGCAGUAUCCGUUGCUUCCCAGACCACUUCAUUGCUCCAUCAAGCUACGAACACUCAUUCUCCAUCAAUGCCUAUUGAUGUUUGAUUGUUCUGUUAUUGGUGAGCUCUUGAAUUUGGAAGUGCUCAGUUUUGCUCAUUGUGGUAUCCGAAAGUUACCACCCACAAUUGGAAAUUUGAAGAAGCUAAAGCUACUGGAUUUGACUGGUUGUGUCAAUCUUCGUAUUGAUGAUGGCGUCUUGAAGAAUUUGGUCGAGCUUGAAGAGCUUUAUAUGAGAGUUGUUGAUAAAAAGGCUAUUAGGUUCUCAAAUAGCAAUCGUGCCGAAUUAGCAGAGCUUUCAAGGCAACUUUCUGCAUUAGAAGUUGAGUUCUUUGACGACAACGGUAUACCUGAGAAUAUGAUGUUUAAGAAACUUGAAAGGUUCAGGAUCUCUGUGCGAUGUAGUUUACAAGGCAAUACUGGCAAGAAUACGCACUCAUUUGAAAACACGUUGCUGUUGGUCACUAACAAAGAUGAACUAUUGGAAUCUAGAAUGAAUGAGUUGUUUGAGAAAACCGAGGUGCUUUAUUUGGAGGUGGAUGGUAUGAAUGAUAUUGAACAAGUUUUAGUUGAAUCAGUUCAUCUUCCUCGACACGCGUUUAAUAAUCUAAGAGACCUUAAUGUUUUCAAGUGUGAAAACUUAAGAUACCUCUUCACAGUCCCUAUUGCAAGUGGUUUGAUGAAGCUUGAGUGCCUCAGAGUUUCACAGUGCCCUGUUCUGGAACUACUUGCACAUAGUGAGAGUGGUGGAGCUGGAGCAAUUAGGUUUCAGAAGCUAAAGUUUCUAAGUUUGAAAAGCUUACCAAAGUUGAUAGGUCUUUGCAACACUGCUAAUAUUGUAAUUGAGCUACCACAGCUGGUGGAGUUGAUACUUGAUGGCCUUCCUAAUUUCACUAGCAUUUAUCAUGAGAAAACAUCUGCAACAUCUUCUAUGUCCAAUGAUAUUUCUGCAAUUCAACCUUUCUUUAACAAAGAGAUGCUGAUUCCUAAGUUAGAGAUAUUGAAAAUUUUUAGGAUGGACAAGUUGAAAGAGAUAUGGCCUUAUCAAUUUAGUAGUAGUGACGAAGUUAAUCCCUGCAUGUUGAGAGAGAUUAAAGUGAUGAAAUGUGAUAAUCUUAUGAAUCUGUUUCCAACCAAUCCCAUGACUUUGCUGGGUCGUCUGGAAGAGCUUGAUGUCACAUACUGUGAAAGCAUUGAAGUCUUAUUUGACAUCGACAUGAAUUGUGUUGGUGAGAUUGAAGAAUACAGUAGCAACUUGAGACACAUUUGGGUAUAUAGUUUGGGGAAGCUAAGAGAGUUGUGGAGUGUGAAAGGUGAAAUUAGCUCUGAUAUCCUCAUCCGUAGCUUUCAAGCUGUUGAAAGGAUAGAAAUACAACUCUGUGAGAGGUUUGUAAAUGUAUUCACACCAACCCUCACCAAUUCUGAUGUGAGAACACUUAUGAACGUGAGUAUAGAUGGUAGGAGAUCUUGUGAAGAAAGCAGAAGAAACAUUGAGUUGGUUGAGAAAAGCCAAGAGAUUAAUGUUAUAUCCAAGGCAGAGAUUUCAGAGGUGUGUGGUAAUAUCCCUGACGUUGAAUCCUCAACUCAUCUUAAUCACCUUGAAUAUCUUAGUGUAAAUUAUUGUAAGGAUGUUGAAGUGGUAUUUGAGAUUGAGAGUUCGAGUAGCAGCAACACAGAUUUCACAACAACCCUGCAUAACCAUCAACCACCACUACUACUUCCCCACCUCAAGUCUUUAGAUUUAAUACAUAUGGAGAGGAUGAGUGAUGUGUGGAAGUGCAAUUGGAAGAAACUUGUAAUUCCUCAAAACCAAUCACAAUCAUACUCAUUCCACAACCUCACAACCAUACGCAUGAGAGAAUGCCAUAGCAUAAAUUACCUAUUUUCACCUCUCAUGGGACAACUUCUUCCCAACUUAAAGGAGGUCUUCAUAAUUGAGUGUUUUGGUAUUGAAGAAGUUGUUUCAAGUAGAGGUAUUGAUGAAAAUGAUGAAAUGGGUACAUGUACUCACACAAACACCAUAUCCUUCCCUCUUCUUGAAACACUCCACCUUAAUUUUCUGCCAUGUCUACAGAGUAUCGAUGGUGGUACUACGAUCACAACUACUUCCAUCCAUGAUCAGAUUAAGCAUUCUCAAGUCGGUGUUACUUCUUGGUUCCUAAGCCAAUACUCCAAAGAGAUUUUUAUAAGUGAUUGUCAUGCCUUGUCAAGAGUGUUUCCAUCCUAUGUAUUUGAAAGUAAUGAAAUAAACAACAAUGGUGUUGAUAGUACUAAUGUUGGUGAUGGAAGUGAUGAUAUUUGUACUACAAUCACCAUCCCUAGGUCGGCAAAUAUGACUUUGCUUGAAUUGCCCAACCUAACGAUGUUGACAAUAAAAAAGUGUGAAGUUUUGGAAUAUAUAUUCACAAGUUCCACACUUGAAAGCCUCAAGCAACUCAAAGGAUUGACUGUAGCAGAAUGCAAGGCAAUGCAAGUGAUUGUGAAGGAAGAGGGAGUGCACACAGAAAAAUCUAAAUCUAUAAUAGUCUUCCCACGUCUCAAAUCCCUUAAACUAGUAGAUUUACCAUACCUCAAGGGUUUCUUUUUGGGGACGAAUGAGUUCACGUGGCCAGUAUUGGAAAAGGUUAAGAUUUAUGGCUGCCCACAAAUGACGAAUUUCACAUCAGGUCACUCAAAGGCUUCGAAGCUCAACUACAUACAUACAGGAUUAGGCAAACAUAGUCUUGAAUGUGGCCUCAACUUUCAUUUGACUAAUGCUACAUAUGAGCAGACUCAACUCUCCAUAUGCCCUACUGCAGAUAUGAUAAAGCUACUUCAGUUUUGUUGGUCUUUUUCAAAUUUAGUUGAAGUAGAGGCACAUGAGUAUGAUGGCAAGUUGUUGAAAAGUCGCACAAUUUUUCCAUGCAACGAGUUGCUUAACCUGAAGAAUCUUGAAAAGCUUUGUAUUGUUGGUAGAUAUACUCAAUCCGCAUGUGAGGAGCUAUUUGAAGUACAAGAAGGAACAUAUGAUGAUGUGAAUAUUGAAACACAAUCUGUUAUAGCAUUUCCGAAGCUAAAAGAGGUGACUCUAGAUACACUAUUUGAACUGACGCAUAUGUGGAAGAGCAAUCGGUGGAUAGUGUUGAACUUUCCAAACCUUACAAAGGUGUCAAUUAAUAAUUGUCCACUUCUUGGACACGUUUUCACUAGUUGCAUGGUUGGAAGUCUGUUGCAGCUCCAAGAGCUACAAAUAAGGGACUGCGAGGGUAUGGAUGUGAUUGUCAAGCAAGUUGAAGAUUCUGAAACUAGACUGACCGAGGUUGUGUUCCCUUUUCUAAAAUCCAUCACACUUCACGAACUUCCAAAUCUCAGGGGAUUUUUCUUAGGAAACGGAGAUUUUCUAUGGCCAUCAUUAGAUACUAUGAGAAUAAAAAGUUGUCCGGAAAUAGUGGUUUUCACAAAUGGACAAUCAAAUACUCCAGAGCUCAAGGUAAUAGAUACAACUUUUGGAUUGUGUCAUGUAACGGAAGACCUAAACUCCUUUAUCAAGACCAAACGACAAGAGGGAUGGGAGUUCUAGAGAAACAUCAAAUUCACACAGGCAGUUUGGUGGAUUUUGAAGUUAGCUAUGUAGGACAGGUAAGAUUACAUUGUACACUUAUUUCCUUCGUCCUAAUCAUUGUUCAUGCUUCUCCACCUUAAUUAUCUGGUUACUCUUUCAAUCCGGGUUAUUGAACUUCUAAUUUCAAGUAAUCUCAUGUAUGGUAUGUCCACUUCUUGUAUUUGAUUAAGCUGAGACAAAGUUAACAAUAAUUACACAAGUUUUUCUUGAUUUGUUUGUACA